AUGUCCGAAGGACACUUUAUUGAAACUUUCACUGUCCCAGAAACGUUCAAAUCUAAAACUCUCAGAGACAGAGAUGUUCUGGAAUGGAAUACAUCAUGCCAGGAAGCAUUCCAGAGGAUCGACGCCAAACAAACGCCAAAUCCGCGUACUGUAGCUUGCUUGGCUCAACUUACUGGAAAUGCAGACUGGCUCCAUCCUGACACUUCUCGUCUAGCGGAAGAACUUCUGUGCUCAUUUGAUAUUAAAAUCGAACUGGUCAAGUCGGUGCUCGAAUUCCACGUUAAGCCAUUAUUCGUAACCAAUCCUCAUCCUCAAUUAAAUAUCUCAACUGGACGUUCACUUCAUCGCAUCGCUGGGGGUCCAAUGGCCUCUCAAGAUUACUAUGACGAGCAGACAUGGAAAAAUCAUCCGAGCUUGUCAAACUUAAUCUCAUGGUGCAUUUCUCAAAUUCCUACACAGGACUUUGAACAAGUAUGGCAUCUCUUAAUACCGCCAGUCAUGACAUUUCUCGACGAUUAUCAAUCGCCAUACAAGUUACGUGGUGUUAUGCUUGUAUCGAAAUUGCUAGACAGGGUAUCACCGAACCUGUUGAAGCGCACAGGCAUUGCUCAGCUACUCAUGAGUUCAUUAUCAAGGACCCUAAUGAGCCUGCAUGAUGAACUUAGUCCUCGCGUCAUCAGAACAACGGUCCCAGUAACACUGCGCCUGAUAGAAAUGAUUACGCCUCUUGACUCGGCAGAACAAUUUGAUAAACUCUGUUCUCUCCUUGGGGAUAGUAUUAUCGGCGCAGUGUGGAUAUACGCGUCUCGAGAAAAAGAAACGAUUGAGGCAUCAAUGGACGUCCUGCCGUUAAUCAUUCAAGCAUUAGGAAUUGGUACGGUUCGAUAUCUAAAGGCACUUAUACCGCAGUGUUUACACAGCAUCACCAUUAACGACUUAACACCUCGUUCAAGGCCUCUGGAACGGGCUGCCCUGAAGGCUCUGUUAACCGUUAUCCAGGAAUGUCAACCUCGAAUGUACCAUUGGAAGGGUACGAUAAUAGAAGGAGUCGGAAAAUAUUGGAUUUCCAAUUGCGAGGGUAAAGAAAAGUCAGAAGAGGAUGAUGCUACACAUUCCCUUGUACAAGAGAUAUUUGUAUCGCUAUCGAAAGCUUGUCCAUCCGUCCUUCAGGAUGAAUACCCUCGUCUAGUACAAGUGGAGCCCAAUCUCAUGAAAAGUGUAAUAAUGACUGCUUAA